UCUCCUCCUUCUCCUGCCGGUGUUUCCGUGCGUGGCGCCCAUUGGCUGCCGGCACCCGUCCCCCGGUGCCGCCGCUCCGCUCCCUCUGCCCGAGCCCCGCAGAUGGCGGGGGCAGCGAGGGGGACAGACCCUCCGGCGUGGGGCUGAGGGACCGCGCAGCCCCGGCCGGCCGGCCGCGGGCACGGCCGUGGGCCCCGCUCCCACGCCAGCCAAGGAGUGGGCGAUGGGCAAGUGCGGGAAGAAGGACUCGCGUCUCCGGUAGAGCACGGUGGGCGCGUUGCCUCCGGGACCGCUCUGCUCUACCGCUCUCUUAAGAAAGGGGAAGGGGAAAAACAUGACACGGAUUCUCCCGGUGAAGCAGAGGAAAAUGUACAUCCCGACGACAUGUAAGUACCCGGCGGCUCUGCCCGCGUUUCCCAGAUGACACCCGCGGGCGUGAGUCCAUGCAGAAGUUAACUCUGCAGUCCCAGAGAAGGAAACCUGCCGACCUCCCCCCCCCGCUCCCCACCUUCCAACUCUGCCAGUCCAUCCUGGUCCGUACCAGACAGCUCAGCCUCAAGCUUCUCACCCAGUGUUAGCAGCAACCUCGUGGUGAAUGGAGAACUUGUUUGCUCAAGGCUCUCUCUAAGUGAGCCGAGCGCUGUUUCCAUGCCAAACCCUGACGUGAUGGGCAAUUGGGCACCUCAGAUUAGGAAGGCUGGGACACUGCUUCAGUGUUGCAAACAGAUUGCUAACUGAUCCUGCGAGGACACUGCCUCCUGCCCUCUUCCCUGCCUCUGCUAUGAACACUUCUGCUUUCAGCCUCCCCACACCGGCAGUGUCGGAGGAGGGUAAUGCCUCUAGCAGCUGGGAAGGCUUCACCACCCCCAACAGCUCUGCCACCGUCAGCCCUGGUGUAGUUGUCAGCGGUGUCCUCAUCCCUGUGGUCUACCUCAUUGUCUGUGUGGUGGGGCUGGCUGGAAAUUCUCUGGUCAUUUAUGUGGUCCUGCGGCACUCUGUGAGUGAGUCGGUGACCAACGUCUACAUCCUGAACCUGGCCCUAGCUGAUGAGCUCUUCAUGCUGGGCCUGCCAUUCCUGGCUGCGCAAAAUGCCCUCUCCUACUGGCCGUUUGGUUCUUUCAUGUGCCGCCUGGUGAUGGCCGUGGAUGCCAUCAACCAGUUCACCAGCAUCUUCUGCCUGACGGUGAUGAGUGUUGAUCGCUACUUGGCAGUGGUCCACCCAGGGAAGUCCUCCAAAUGGCGGACAGCACGAGUGGCCAAGGCUGUGAGUGCAACGGUGUGGGUGCUGUCUUCCAUAGUGGUGCUGCCCGUGGUUGUCUUCUCAGACGUCCCUUUAGGGAUGAGUACGUGCCACAUCCAGUGGCCAGAGCCAGCCUCGGUGUGGAGAGCUGGCUUCAUCAUCUACACUGCUACACUGGGCUUCUUUGGACCACUGCUGGUGAUUUGUCUCUGCUAUCUUCUGAUUGUUGUGAAGGUUCGUUCCUCUGGCAGGCGGGUGAGGGCUCUGUCCUCCAAGCACAAGCUUUCAGAGCGCAGAGUGACCCGCAUGGUGGUGACUGUUGUGGCUGUCUUCGUCCUUUGCUGGCUCCCCUUCUAUGUCCUCAACAUAAUCAAUGUUGUUUGCCCACUGCCAGAGGAGCCGUCCCUCUUUGGUGUCUACUUCCUUGUGGUGGUGCUGCCGUAUGCCAAUAGCUGUGCCAAUCCUAUCAUCUAUGGCUUCCUCUCCUACCGCUUCAAGCAGGGCUUCCAGAGGGCCAUCUUCAGGCCAUCCCGCCGAGUCCAGAGCCAGGAGGUGCCAGCAGGCCCCCCAGAGAAGACUGAUGAUGAAGGGGAAGAGGGCGAGAUCAGCAAGAUCACCCAGAAUGGAAACGGCAGGCAGGAGCGCCCUCUAAGCAGUGGAGAAGGAGAGAGCAAUGAGCAAAAACCACUCCCUGAGCAGCCUGUGGGAUGUGAAAAGAGCAACAAGUUGCAUGUCAGUUAUUUGUGAUGAAAGGGCUGGUGUAGGGGAAAGAGACAUUGGAAUAUGAGGCCCCCUUCACCUUGUCUGCUUUUCAACCUCAAAGGCAAUGGGAGACAAAGGCAUAUUAAAGUCCAAGAGUCUGUUUAAAGAUUAAGAGGGCUCCAUGAACUUGUAGAAAAAGCAAGACAUUUUUCUUGGCUUUGGAAAAGACACCUGAGGUUUAUGUGGUACUGGGUAAAGAAUGGACUGCAUCCAGGGGGAGCUGAAGAGGUGCUGGGCACUGACAAUACAGAGAGAGCAAGAUCAGCUCUAGAUUGCAUGAUCUGUCCUUAAAUGACUCAGCUGUAGAGGGCAUCAGCUGCCAUCUGAUUGUAGCAUGUCAAGGAAGUUCCCAAAUGGCAUAUACUACAUGUAGGCAUCCCAGUGCCUUGAUUAUCCUCCUUACAAACACAAGAAGUGGUUUACCCUGAAAGACAAACAGGGAGGAAAAAUGUCUGCAGCAAAGACAUACCAGCCAGUUGCAUGCAUGGCUGACCCCUCUCUAGCUCUUAAAAAUGCCUUGGGGGCAGAUUUCCUGCCCAUGCUGGUCAUGGCUAGAGACCACUAAUUGCUCAAAACCUCCUCUUUCUUUUUAAGGCUCUCAUGGACUCUGGGCAGGCUGAUGGGACUUACCUGGGAGAAAAAAAAUGGAACAUUUCUUUCCUGCAUCUCACAUUCUUCAGGGUUUUCCUGGUGCCUCUGCACCCCGGUGGGAGGUGUAACAAAGGUAGAGAAAAAGACAAUGCGACAUGAAUCAGAGGCAGUGUUUCUUACAAGCUGAAAUGCCCUUUCCCUUUUCCUCUCCCUAAGCCUUACUGUAAAUAAAAAAAAAAAGUCUUUGGACAUAAAAGGCCAACAGGACAGAAACGUUCUGUGUGUUUAGGGGAGGGGGGUGCUACAGAUCUGGCUCUCCUGAGAAUAUACAUUGUCUUUGGGUUGAGUUGAUCUCUGUAUGGAGUACUGUUUGGCUGACACAAGAGAUCAAGGCAUCUAUCAGUACAGGAUGGGGGCAGGAAGCAGAGGGAGGUCAGGGGAUCUCCAGUGUGUAAGAGCUAUGGUUGCAGAGAGUCUGGGCAAUACUAGGAACUGAUUCAUCUUGUGGGAAAUGGUGAGUAUUUGGUUCAGGAUGGUGAAGAAAUGAUGUUCAUGUGUUUGCAUGUGCACAAAGAUUGUCAUAUGCAAAAGUUUAUUCCCUGGACUGUACAUGUCUGAGAAUGGCUGCAGAGGAUGGGAGACAGAGGAGUCAGACUGGUGGGAGAUGUGCAUGGGUUGGGCACUGAUGCUAAUCUGUGUGGUGUAUGUAAAUGUGUGCAGGGAUACAUAAGGGGGUAUGCAUGUGUAUAAGUGUAUACAAACACAGAUGGGGGAGUGUGUUAAUGCAAUUGUGGAAUGUUUCAGUGCAGGUAUAGUUUUGCAGGCAUGCAAGUAUUUAUGGAAAUGUGUGUGCACAUGUGAAUGCUUGGGUAAGAGUGUGAGAAUAUGUGUGUUGGGCUGGACCAGUGCUUGCUCCUGUGCAUUGGUUGUUGGAGGGAA